GUGUGUGUGUGUGCACUUGUGUGUGUAAUUUCCACACUGAAAAGGGUGUGAGUGAAUACAGAGGAGGAGGAGAAGGAAGAGGAGGACUGGCUUUUUUUUGACCCAUACUGUGUAAAGAUGGACAUCUCAGAGUUCCGCAAACAUGGGAAGGAGAUGGUGGACUACAUAGCUGAUUACCUGGAGAACAUUGAGAAAAGGCAUGUUUACCCUGAUGUACAGCCUGGAUACCUACGUUCACUCAUUCCUGAGGCAGCUCCUGAUGAUCCAGAGACUUUUGAAGAUGUGAUUAAAGAUAUUGAGCGGGUCAUUAUGCCAGGGGUCACCCACUGGCACAGCCCAAACUUUUAUGCCUACUACCCCGCUGCCAACUCUUUCCCUGCAAUGCUAGGAGACAUGUUGUCAGGGGGAAUCGGCUGCAUUGGCUUCUCCUGGGCUGCGAGUCCGGCCUGUACUGAGCUGGAGACAGUGGUGCUCGAUUGGCUGGGAAAAAUGCUGAAGCUACCCGAGGAUUUUCUAGCAGGAAAAGAGGGCAAUGGGGGAGGUGUGAUUCAGGGUACUGCUAGUGAAGCGAGCCUAGUAUCGCUUCUUGCCGCCCGCUCCAAAAUCAUGAAAAAGGUUCAAGGUGAUCAUCCUGAUUGGACUGAAAUGCACAUCAUGUCCAAACUAGUGGCCUACACAUCAAGUCAGGCUCAUUCAUCUGUCGAGAGAGCGGGUCUAAUAGGAAGCGUGAGAAUGAAAAAACUUCCCACUGACAGUAAGUUUGCAGUGAGGGGCGAGACGCUGAGGAAAGUCAUUGAGGAGGACAAAGCAGCAGGACUCAUUCCCUUCUAUUUUUGUGCCACACUGGGAACGACUGCAUCAUGUGCAUUCGAUUGCAUCACUGAGCUCGGACCCAUAUGUAAUGCAGAAGGGAUGUGGAUGCACAUUGACGCUGCUUACGCAGGUAGUGCUUUCAUAUGUCCUGAGUUCAGACCUCUAUUGAAUGGCGUGGAGUUUGCUGACUCCUUCAAUUUUAAUCCCCACAAAUUUCUGCUGGUAAACUUUGACUGCUCCACGAUGUGGGUGAAGAGAAGGGCUGAUAUUAUUUUGGCGUUUAAGAUGGACCCACUUUAUCUGAAGCACGACCACCAGGAGUCAGGAUUGGUGACGGAUUAUAGGCACUGGCAGAUCCCUCUGGGUCGAAGGUUCCGCUCGCUGAAGUUGUGGUUCGUCUUGCGCAUGUACGGACUCCGGGGCCUGCAGGAGCACAUCCACAAGCAAGUUGCGUUGGCUAAGGAGUUUGAGCGUUUACUGCUAGCAGAUGAACACUUUGAGAUCUGUGCUGAAGUGUUGCUCGGCCUGGUCUGCUUCAGACUAAAGGGCUCGAAUGUUCUGAACGAGGAACUGCUGAAGAGGAUUAACAAAGCUCGCAAGAUUCACUUGGUACCGUGCCACCUGGAGGGUUCGUAUGUGCUACGCUUGGCCAUAUGCGCCCGCACCACUGAGUCACGGCACAUCCGCGAGGCCUGGACUCAUAUCUCUCAACUGGCAUCUGAGCUUCUGCGUGAGAACCAAGCCUGAGCACCGAGCACAACCCUGUGCUCGCUAAUAUUUCUCUCUUGCACACACCCUGCUGCUGCAAUCCUUUCUCAUCUUUCUGCUUGUUUAUGUCUGUGAGCUCUGUCUGUGUCUGCAAAGUGAGUCCGCUACCAAAGACAUUUCGAUUUCAUUUAUUCAUUUUACUGUCCUGUAAGGAGUCUCUAGUGCCAGCAUUUUAAUUAAUGUUGUUUCAUGUGGGUUUCUCAGUAACAUAACAAGAUGCAUUUAAUCUCCUAUUAUGGAAGUGAUAACAGAAAAUGCAGAAAUUUCACAAUGUGCAUAAAAGGAAUAAAACACUAUUAAAAAGCAAUGCAAAUGGAAAAUACUCAACUUUAAGGUGCUAACCCAUAAAUGCUAGAAUAGAGUUCUACAGAAUACAGAAUACAGGUACAAAUACAGUGUUUUUUCACUAUUUAAUUUAUACCUCACUGUUUUCUCAUAUUUCCCAAACAGAAGUGUUAGAACCGUCUUCGCUCCAAAAUCUUGAUAAUGCCUGACUUGUUCUGAUGUUUGUUAGAUACGUAUUUCUCAGAAUUAUAAUACAGAUAAAAAUGACACCAGUUUAUGGUAGUGGACUCAGUAGUGGACUUAUCUAUAUUUUCGUAAAGAAUAAAUAAAUAUAUGCAUGUGUCUAUAACAAAUUAUGAACUGAUUUAAAAAAAUUAUUUCAGAGAUUUUAUUGGUGGUAAUUUUCAGAACAAAGCAUAAAGGAGGUGUAUUGGGUGUUAUUUUGUUAUUGUGUAAACUAUGUACUGUACCCUGAAGUUGGAUUUUUUUUUUUUUUU